AUGGUCAGCUCCUGUUGUGGCUCUGUCUGCUCUGAGGAGGGCUGUGGCCAAGGCUGCUGCCAGCCCAGCUGCUGCCAGACCACCUGCUGUAGGACCACCUGCUGCCGCCCCAGCUGCUGUGUGUCCAGCUGCUGCAGACCCCAGUGUUGCCAGUCUGUGUGCUGCCAGCCCACCUGCUGCCGCCCCAGCUGUUGUCGCCCCAGCUGCUGCAUUUCUAGCUGCUGUAGACCUUGCUGCCGCCCCAGCUGCUGUGUGUCCAGCUGCUGCAGGCCCUCUUGCUGCAUUUCUAGCUGCUGUAGGCCUUCCUGCUGCCGCCCCAGCUGCUGUGUGUCCAGCUGCUGCAGGCCUCAGUGCUGCCAGUCUGUGUGCUGCCAGCCCACCUGCUGCCGCCCCAGCUGCUGUCGCCCCAGCUGUUGCAUUUCUAGCUGCUGCCGCCCCUGCUGUGGUAGUUCCAGCUGCUGUGGAUCUAGCUGCUGCCGCCCCACCUGUUGCAUUUCCAGCUGCUGCCGCCCCAGCUGCUGCAGGCCCAGCUGCUGUGUGUCCAGCUGCUGCAGACCCCAGUGCUGCAUCUCCAGCUGCUGCCGCCCCACCUGUUGCCAGACCACCUGCUGCAGGACCACCUGUUGCAGCCCAGCAUGCUCUAGUGGUUCUUGCUGCUGA